GUCAAAUGGGGUUUGUAAAAGACGAAUCCGCAUUGACAGUGCCGAUCAAUACGUCGGGCCGGAAUGAAUCGAAGGGCUUAUCACUGGCUGCAUUGAUACCAGCCUCGAUAAUGCUUGAGCCCGAUCAGCCGUAGAAGGCUUGCGUCAUGGGCUCUGGCGUGGGGUGGUUAACCAACGUUCGGUGUCGAAGCCGAUAUAUAGCUAUUUGAAUCCGCCUCAUGGUGGCUGAGCAAAACACUCGGAAAUUUGGAGUUUACCGUUAUUGCGAUGAUAGCCAGAAACAUCAGUCUCCUCAGCCUCGAUGGCGGGGGCGUGCGCGGGCUAUCUUCCCUCUACAUUCUGAAGCACAUAAUGGAAUCCAUCGACCCUGAAAACACACCAAAGCCAUGCGAGUAUUUCGACUUGAUAGGAGGAUCUGGGUCAGGCGGAUUGAUCGCAAUCAUGCUCGGUCGCCUCGAAAUGGACAUUGACCAGUGCAUCAACGCAUACAAGAGGCUCUCGAACCAUGUCUUUUCUCGGAAGAGACUUCUUCCAGUAGGCGGCAACUUGCGCCGCCAAUCGAAAUAUGACGGUCGCAGAAUUGAAACUGCUGUGAAGGCAAUUCUUCAUGAGCUUGGUUACGAAGAUGACAUACUUCUGAGAGAACCAGCAUCAUCAUGCAGAGUAUACGUCUGCGUGACCGACGACGGUUCCAAGCGGAAUCUAGCACCCUUGACCAGCUAUCCGAGCAAAUACUGCUCUAACGAGCUCUACAAGUCCGCCAAAGUAUGGCAGGCUGGCAGGGCCUGUUUCUCCACGGCUCCUCUCUUCGAUCCCGUCCCCAUUGGGCCAAGCGGACGGCGAUUCUACAACAGCAGCACGGAAGCCAACAAUCCAGUGAGAGAAGUGUGGAUAGAAGCGAGAGGCAUUUGGCCUUCCGGUUCAUUGGACAGUCAGAUCCGGUGCAUGGUCUCAAUCGGCACCGGUGUACCUUCGAUCAAAAGAUCCAGCAAAGCGAUGUUCGGCUUACUGAAGACAUCGCGCGCUGAUUCUAUUGACACCGAGAUGGACAUGAACAAGUUUCUCCGAGAGCAUACGGAACUAGACGACGAGAAUCGGCUUUUCCGGUUUGACGUUCCCAACGGACUGGCAGAUAUUGACCUCGAUGGUGUGGAUGAGAUCGACACGAUUGUCGAUGCGACUGAGGAAUACCUCGCCAAGGAGCUUGUCUACAAGCAGAUCCAGAAAUGCGGGAAUGCUCUGAGUGAAGGUGCUUAGACGAUGAUGUUUAGAAUCUUCUGUCUUUUUGUAUAUUCCCGGGUGGCAGUCUCUGGAGUUGGUGGACCUUGAUCAUUCCCGUUAUAAUCGUGCAAUACAAGCCAACGUUUCCAUUCUAGA